UCGUCGUUUUCUGUGUUUGUUUUACGUAGAUGAAGUAGGGGAAGAAGGUGCGAUGAUGAUGGGUUUUUGUAUACAUCUCGUUAAUCUGAUUUGAAACAUGAGGACAAAUGUCCUAUCCAUUCAUUCAAUUUCUCUGAGCACCUUCGUUUUUCCCAUUUCUUUUUGCUUUCUCUUCUGAUUUCUUCUGUGAUUUGCUUCAUCCGCUGCUGUUUAUAAACUGAAAACGCUACUGGGAUUCGCCUUUUAUCACUCGCAUCUCAUAUAUCGGCCAUGUUUCAACUGUGCGGGCUAGUGAAGCAGAGCAGUAAUGGAGAUUACAAAGUUGAAAAGCUGGAAUCUGAAGCGUUAAAUGAAUCAUAAAAGAUCCAACGACUCAUAAAUUACCCAAAACAAAUGGACGUUACACGCGCGCUCCAUGCAUCACGCCAUUGAAUCUUUCUUUCUCUUCAAAACCCAUUUUUGUUAAAAUGCAAAUCCACUGAAACUGGAACAAGCUUGGCCACAAUAAUAAAUGCUACUUUUAUUGCACUUAAGGCGUUUAUCCGCGCUUUCCUUUCCCCUUUUUGUGCAUUUGCGUAUACAAUGUUUAUGGUGAAGUUGGAGAUUUUUGCGUGAUCUGAAACGAGAUUGGAAAUGAGUUUCUUCAGUCUUAUAUUGGGUGCUUUUGGUUUUGGCGUUGGCACUACAAUUGGGAUUAUCAUCGGUUAUUUCAUGUUCAUUCACUUACUGCCAACUGCUGUUGAGGAUCCUGUAAUUCACCCAGUGACUGAACAAGAACUGGAAAACUUGCAAAGAUUGCUUCCAGAAAUGCCCCAGUGGGUGAAAAAUCCAGAUUUUGAUCGUGUUGAUUGGCUUAACAAAUUUAUCGGGAAUAUGUGGCCUUAUUUGGACAAGGCAAUCUGCAAUACUGCUAGGAACAUUGCAAAGCCCAUUAUUGCCGAGCAGAUUCCAAAGUACAAAAUUGAUUCAGUUGAAUUUGAGACACUUACCUUGGGCUCCUUACCACCUACUUUUCAAGGAAUGAAAGUUUAUGUAACUGAUGAGAAGGAAUUGAUCAUGGAGCCAUCAUUGAAGUGGGCAGGGAAUCCUAACGUUAUUGUUGCUGUUAAAGCAUUUGGGUUGAAAGCUACUGCUCAGGUGGUUGAUUUGCAAGUAUUUGCUACUCCACGCAUCACCCUAAAGCCUUUGGUUCCGUCAUUUCCUUGUUUUGCCAAAAUAUGUGUCUCUCUCAUGGCAAAGCCACACGUUGACAUUGGACUGAAAUUACUAGGGGCAGAUAUAAUGUCCAUUCCUGGCCUAUAUGUGUUUGUACAGGAGCUCAUAAAGGAUCAAGUUGCCAAUAUGUACCUAUGGCCUAAAGCCUUAGAAGUGCAAAUAAUGGAUGCUAAGGCCAUGCAGAAACCUGUUGGAAUUCUUAGUGUGAAGGUCCUAAAAGCCAUGAAACUUAGAAAGAAAGAUCUCCUUGGGGCAUCAGACCCUUAUGUGAAACUAAAGCUCUCUGGGGACAAACUUCAUAUAAAGAAAACAACAGUAAAACACAACAACUUAAACCCUGAAUGGAAUGAGGAAUUUAGUUUGGUCGUAAAAGAUCCAGAAUCUCAAGUUCUGGAGAUAAGUGUCUAUGAUUGGGAACAGGUUGGCAAGCAUGACAAAAUGGGCAUCAAUGCAAUACCAUUGAGGGAGCUUACAGCCGAAGAACCAAAAGUUAUGACAGUUGAUCUGCUUAAAAAUAUGGACCAAAAUGAUGCUCAGAAUGAAAAGUCAAGGGGGCAACUUGUACUAGAGGUUGUUUAUAAACCUUUUGAUGAGGAUGAGGUGCCUGAUGAUAUUGAUGAUCCAAAUGCAGUAGAAAAGGCUCCAGAAGGAACGCCUGAAGGUGGUGGUUUGCUUGUUGUUAUUGUGCAUGAAGCUGAGGCUUUAGAAGGGAAGUACCAUACAAAUCCUUUUGUUCGUUUGCUGUUAAGAGGAGAAGAGAGAAAAACGAAGAGAUUAAAGAAAAAUAGAGAUCCAAGAUGGGAUGAAGACUUUCAAUUUAUGCUCGGGGAACCACCUAUGAAUGAUAGACUUCAUGUGGAAGUGAUUAGUACUUCUUCAAGGAUGGGACUACUGCAUCCAAAGGAGGCUCUGGGUUAUAUUGAUAUAAACCUUGCUGAUGUUGUUACCAACAAAAGAAUCAAUGAGAAGUUCCAUCUCAUUGACUCAAAAAAUGGUCGGAUUCAAAUUGAGCUGCAAUGGAGAACUGCAUGAAAAGGAGGCCUCUUAUUGGUCAUUUCCUGGGAAUUCAAAAAAAAAAAGAUAAGGCCAGGUAAUAUCUUAUGUUAAGUAAGAUCAGAUGUAUAUUCUGUUGUUAGCAUCAUAAGAGCACCAAAUUCAUGCUUUCCCAAGGAACAAAAGGUCUCAUAACUCUGAGGCCAUAGCUUUAUGAUUUCAUUUUUCUUCAAUUUCUUCUCUAAUUUCUGUGAUUAGUUGCUUUUACUUGUUUGCAAAGUGGAUGCUCACUUAUGGUCUGAUUCUCUUUCAAAUGUCCAAUCAUGCAUUAAAAGUGAUGUUAUCCGAAGCAUUUUAUAGAUGAAUAAUCCUCCAUUGAAUUUUUACAA